UUAAAAUGUAGUAAUAUCAAAAAACCUUUAUAGGAAAACCUAUAGAUCGAAAUCUGAUUGUUAGAUCAACUCUUAAAUUACCAUAAAUAAGGUAAGAUCUUUCAAAUCAUUAGAGUAUUGGAACAAUGAACAUCCCAAAUAGGUCAUCAGAACAUAUUCGUAAUUCACGCUUACAUACUAAAACUAAAACCAGAGACACUAUUAAAGCAGUUGUUAAAGAACGUCCUCAUUUUAAAUAAUUACCAUCAGAUAGAACUAUGCCUACAUUACCAUCUUUAAACUCUCCAAGAUCUGAAGAUGAAGGUGAAUCAACUCAUAAAAGUUUGUUUUCUUUUAGAAGAAAUAUUAUUGAUACUAUAUCAUUACGUCAAUCUCGAAGGACUAGUGUUGAGAAAGAUAAAUUCAAAGAAGAAAAAAAAGAAGAAAAAAAUGAAGAAGAAAAACAAGAUGUUAAAGUAUUAUUAUAUAGAGAAGAAGAAAUUGAAAAAUCUUAAGAUUAAUAAAAUAUUAAUCACUAACAACUAUAAUCAUCUAAUAUUUAUAGUGAUCUCAAUUAAAAUCAAAACAAGUUAGAUUUAGUUAUUGAAGAACCUAAUGAAGAAAUAAGACCAAAAAAAGAAUCUUAAUCAAUCAGACCAAAAAAUGAAAGUGUCUCAUCAUAAUUCACCUAACCAACUGAUGAAAUAUAUUCAAUAUGGGAUAACGUUGAUUUGUAUUUAAGAGGAAUUCAAUUCGAUGAAUUCGAAUAAUAAGCCUAAUUACAAUCAUUUUUGUAACUUUACAAAAUGAGAAGUGGAGGAUUCCCUGUAAGUUACUCAUGAUUAAAUAAGGGCUAAAGAGAAAACUUGUCAAAUGAAGAAGUUAUCAGAAGAGCUGCUGAAUAUGCUAAAGGCAAUCGCCAAGUAUUUAAGAAAUAUUUCCCCACUAAACAAGUUGUAUUUGAAAAUGACGAAGAUUAUACAUAAUCAUAUAAUGUUAACAGUGACGCUAACUUUUAAAAAUUCUAAAAGUAUAUUCAAAAAUAUAAUCAAUAAGGAGAACAAUCAUGA